AUGUCCGAUUCACAAGCCACUCCUGCGAAUGGAGAUGGCCAGUCUUCGGAGCAGAACUCCAAGCGACCGGCAUCUGAGAUCGACGACAGCGAGCAGAAGGAUACUGUUAUGGCCGAAACCGCCGUUGAGGAUUCCCCUAAUGUCAUCGACGAACAGGUCGCUCAGGUGCUUACUUUGAGCCAACAACCUCUCAAGGAUGGCCAAAAAGGUUUCGUCAUCUCCAAAGUGUGGCUGAACAGAGUGUUUGCACGGAGCACCACCCAUUCGCACCUCGCUGACAAGGAUUCAUUGAGCCACGAACUUGGUCCUGUCGACAACACAGACGUCAUCUUGGACGAUCCCACCAAUAUCAACCUCCAUGAUGAACAUGACCAGAUUUUCGUUCCUUUGCGUCCAGAUUUACAGUUGGGUGUUGAUUACGAGAUCAUUCCACAGGAAGGUUGGGACCUGAUCAUCAAUUGGUACGGCCUGGUGAGCCCAUCCUCUGUGAUUGUCCGAUAUGCCCAUGAAACAAUCCAAACUGGAAACCACUCCAACGUUCUCUACGAAUUGAAUCCCCCUGUUGUCAGUAUCUACAAGUUGUCAAAUCCCUCCGCCCUUCUUACUCCUCAAGCUUUGAAGGAGAAGUCUCUUCCGCCCGCGAGAGCACUGGCAGGUCGCCAGACAAAUUUCCAAAAAUGGUUGAAAAAGGUCAAGGAGUUGGCUGGUAUUGACAUGUCGACAAAAGUCCGCGUGUGGAAGAUUCUCGGUAGUCGUCCCAGCGGCACUCCGUCCGUAUCUCGGGCUACUUCGCCCACAAAGGCUUCUUCCCUUCUUUCGUCUACCCACCAGACCAUUUCUGUUGACGUGAACACAUUUCUAUCUUUGGCUGAAACUACAGACCGCGAACUGCUGCAGGGCGUGAAGGAUCAGACAUCCAAUCAGAACUACAACGGCCGUAUGACGCUGAUCAUGGCAGGUCUGGUCGAAACGAAUGCAGUGGUUCUAGAGGAACAGAUUGGCGGUCCAGGUGGUGGUGAAUGGACUAGCGAGGUGUCGGCUUUGGCUUUGAAACGCAUGGGAAUCCCCAUCGAUCAAAAGAAGGAUAUUGUCCCAUCGAUCAAGAGCACCGCCAGCAGUGGCAAAUCAAGCCCUGUCCUGAACCUCCCAGGAGGCCACAAGCCCAGUGGCAAUCGUUUAGGUGUGACCGGUUUGAACAAUCUCGGCAAUACCUGCUAUCAAAACGCCGCCACUCAGUGUCUCAGAGCUGUUGAAGAAUUAAGCGUUUAUUUCCUUCAGAACGCUCACAAGGCGGACCUCAACCAUACGAACGUUCUUGGAUUCAAUGGCAACUUUGCAUCAGCAUACGCCCAUUUGCUCCACAAUGUGUACCGCUCCCCGUCUCCUACCGUUAAUCCUCGACGCUUCCGUGAACAGGUCGGACGAUGCAACCCAAUGAUGGCGGGAUGGGAUCAACAGGACAGCCAGGAGUUUCUCAUGUUCACAUUGGACAGUCUCUCCGAAGACCUCAACCGGAUUCAAAAAAAGCCGUAUAUUGAGAAAACAGAUUCCACCGAUGACAUGGUCAUUCAUCGCAAGUUAUUGGAGGAGUUUGCUGCCAAGUCGUGGACCGACUACAAGGCUCGCAACGAUUCCGUCAUCAUUGACUUGUUUGCUGGAAUGUACAAGUCGACGCUGACCUGCCCGGAGUGUGACAAAGUCAGCAUAAUGUUCGAUCCUUUCAGCAAUCUCACGCUGCCAAUCCCCGUGGAGAAGCGCAACGUGAUAUACCGAGAGAUUAUCUACAUGCCUCUUUCUUCGGCUCCGAAGCGCUUCACCGUUGAAGUCGACAAAUUGGCUCCUAUCAGCGAACUCAAAAACUGGGUUGCCUCCAAGAGACAGGUUGAUCCUGAACUGCUCCUUUGUGCCGAACUGAGCGAUGGAGCGUUCUGGCAGAUAAUGGACAGAGAGACUGCAUCUCUUGUCGACCUCAACGUGGAUGCCAAAGACUCCGUGGUCAUUGUCGAGUUAGAUUCUCCUAUCGUGGAGGACACCGUUCUAAUUCCUAUCUUCCAUCGACGAAAGGCCGGUGGCGGUAAGAAAAGCCAGAUGAAACGCGAUGUAUUCGCACUUCCAUUUAUCAUUACACUGUCUCAGGCAGAAGCCAAAGAUCUUGAAUCCAUCUAUCGCAAGAUCUUCAAGCAUGUGGCCACCAUGACAACUCGUGACAUUCUUAACGAGACGAACGAUCAGAUCGAGGAUGUUCAGACACCGGAAGGAUCGGAUACCGUUAUAAUGAACGCGGAAGAUUCUGACUCCGACCCUCGUGUGAAGACUGAUUCUGUCGAUGGCGAAGAUAGUCUAGUGAACAUUUCAGUGCAGCAAAUGUCCCCGUCCAGCAAUGCGGGAACUGAAGAUACCGACGCAACUGAGGUGACUGAUAAUACUCUACCUCGGUCCUUGGCCAGCGUUUUUCCAGCCAAACUGCUGAAUUUGUUCGAUGUCACUGUUCAAGAACAGGCUGCUCGUAUGGCGUCAUACCCAGCAGGGAGCACUCGUCGUCGCAACUUGAACUCAACAAUUCCUCAUGGUCGCAACUUCAAUGCUUUUGAGCAAUACCCCCUUAUUGCUUCGCGCCUUCCAACCCCCAAAAUCGAUGAUUCUCCAGAGGACUGCAUCGAUGAACACAACGGCAGUGACUCCGAUGAGUCUGAGUUUGGGGCCACUGCUCACCAAAAGUCUAUUUUAUCUCAGGGUGAUUCGAUCGUUCUUGAAUGGAAAGAGGAGGCUCGUCACGAAUUGUUUGGUGGAGACAAAAGCAAGCGCCCAAGCAGCCAGGGCAAUUCUACUUGGUCUACAAUCGAGUACAUUCACGACCCAGAAAUCAUCAAGCUCCGCGCUGAGCGUGAUGCCAAGCGAGACCAGGGAAUUAGCCUUGACCAGUGCUUGAACGAGUUUCGCAAGGACGAGAUUCUUUCUAAAGACGAUGCUUGGUACUGUCCUCGAUGCAAGGAGCACCGACAGGCCAAGAAGCAGUUUGAGAUUUGGUAUGCUCCCGAUAUUCUAGUGAUCCAUCUGAAGCGUUUCACCCAGUCGGGACAUGGCCGCGGAGGACGAUCAAAACUUAGCACAGUGGUCGAUUUCCCCUUGAAUGAUCUUGAUCUGUCUGAAUACAUUGAAGGUCCCCAUGAAAAGGGAUCCAAAUAUGACCUGAUUGGCGUCGACUGCCACUCUGGAACCAUGAGUGGCGGUCACUACUUCGCGUAUGCCAAGAAUUGGGUUACAGGUGAUUGGUGUGACUUCAAUGACUCCAGCGCAUCGAUCAUGAAGGACACCACGCGUAUGUUUUCUUCAAGCGCAUACCUAUUAUUCUACCGACGCCAAUCCGCCGCCCCGCUGGGUGGCCCCGAGUUGCAGCGAAUUGUUGCUGCAUACCGACAGGAGGAAGCCCCAGAGCCCCAGCAGCCUGAACAGCCCGAACAACCCGAAUCAGCUUCGUCCUCACCAUCGACCCCUGGGGAAGACGCCUCCGAUUCCAACCCUCUGGAUAUCGCGUUCAGCCAGCCUAGCUGGACCUUCAACCGUCCUGUUUCCCCGGAUGGUAGCCAGUCCAUGACUGAUAACCUUUUCGAAGAUGACGACAGCAACAUCGCCGUCGGAGAUAACAAUUCCGAACCUGGUGACCAUCUUGAAGAGUUGGAUAGCUCGGUUUUGGCGUCGGAGGGGGACGUCUCAUUUGAAGAUGUCCCGGCUCUGCUGGAAGAUGCCUCUAGCGAUGAGCUUUCUGUUGUGGAGUUGCGGGUUGAUUAG